CUGGAGACUCACCAGAGGGAAGGAAGGAGAGGAGGCAACGGGGCACCACGAAGGGUUCUAGCUGAGCAAAGGCGGGAAAAGAGCACAGGGAUCUUGACGUGCAUCCUGAAAUCAUGGGUUUAUUAGAGUGCUGUGCCAGGUGUCUGGUGGGAGCCCCCUUUGCCUCCCUGGUAGCCACGGGCCUGUGUUUCUUGGGAGUGGCCCUGUUUUGUGGCUGUGGCCACGAAGCGCUCACGGGCACUGAGCACCUGAUCGAGACCUACUUUUCCAAAAACUACCAGGACUACGAGUACCUGGUGGAUGUAAUCCACGAUUUCCAAUACGCCAUUUACGGGAUCGCCGGCUUCUUCUUCCUCUUCGGAGCCCUCCUCCUGGCCGAAGGCUUUUAUACCACCGGCGCUGUCAGGCAGAUCUUUGGCGACUACAAGACCACCAUCUGUGGCAAGGGCCUCAGCGCUACGGUAACAGGGGGCCACAAGGGGAGGGGUUCCAGAGGACACCGUCAAGCUCACUCUUGGGAGCUGGUGUGUCACUGUUUGGGCAAAUGGCUAGGACAUCCUGACAAGUUUGUGGGUAUCACUUACAUCUUGGCCGUCCUUUGGCUCCUCGUCCUGGCCUGCUCUGCCGUCCCCGUCUAUGUCUACUUCAGCACCUGGACCACCUGCAACUCCAUUGCCAACCCCACCAAGACCUCAGCAAGCAUUGGCAACCUGUGUGCUGAUGCCAGAAUGUAUGGUGUGCUGCCCUGGAACGCAUCUCCGGGAAGGGUCUGCGGCCAAAGUCUCCUCUCCAUCUGCAAGACUGCUGAGUUCCAGAUGACCUUUCAUCUCUUCAUUGCCGCAUUCGUGGGGGCUGCUGUUACUCUUGUGGCCCUGCUCACCUUCAUCAUUGCAGCCACCUACAACUUUGCAGUCCUCAGACUGAUGGGAAGAGGCACAAAGUUCUAAGCGUGAGCAAGAGAGAGCGCCAUUACCUUCACCAGAUGCUCUUCCUCCUCUAACUACCAGGCUUUAACCCAACCAGGCAGUCACGCUGCACCUGGCUUCCUCUUCUUCCUCCUCCUUUAAUACCACCUGACUGCCCUUCCCCCUUGGGCCAAUGAAGCAGGCCAUAUCCCAAGGAUGGAGGAGUCUCUUCAGCACCGCAGCUCCAGCGCUUCAUGCUCUCAUCUCCCCGUAGCUCUCUGGGCUCCUCCAGGACCACCUGACAUGGGCUCUUGGCCUCACACCCGGAGGAGGGAGAGAGCUGCCUGCUCCAAAGGAAGGCCAGGGGGUCUGGUCAGCCAGCUGAGCCGCCCUGAGAAAGAGAAGAGCCGGCUAGGCUAGUUCAACAGCCUUCUCCCAGGGUGGCACCUGAGGUGGCAGAGAACCAAAGGUGCCCCGAGGCCAACCUCUCCGUCUCCUGGGCAAGAGGGCUUAGUGCCAGGAUCUUCCCAGGAAGAGAGCACUGAGCCGCUGCCUUGUUGAGAGGCGACCUUGCCCGGAGCCCCGAGGAACCUGGGGAAGGGGCCCUCCUCCCCAUCCUUUGAGGAGUAGGUCAAGCCAGGCUCAUGGGCUCCAGCUUCCUUGGGCCACACCAGCUGGGCAGAGGUCAGCCUUAGGAGCACCCAUAACCAAAGCUUCCGUGUCUAAUGCUAGGAGCCCCUUCGUUAGAGGAGGGGACCGUAACCCUGGGCCGUGUGCUUUCCCUCUUGCCACUAGCUGUGGAACGCAGCCUGCGACCGUCCUCUUGGUGACUGCUGCUUCUCUCAUGUGCGCGCUUCAUUAGGGAUCAUUUGCAGAAUAUAACCUGUAUUCCUGUCCUUAUAAUUAUUCUUUCCAAUUUUGGGCAAACUGUAAACACCAACACCCCCCCCGCCCCCAGUUAUAUGGAGUCUCCUGUCUUGGUUACUUGUCUAAAGAGACGGCUAAAAGAAGAGAAACGCCCUGAACGUUCUGGACACGAUUUCCACAAAACAAAAUGGCUUCGGACUCUCUGGGAAAGGAGCGUCCCUGAACUUCACACAAUUAAAUCAAGCGGAAAGAAGGGAUGGACGGAAAGUGUCAUUGAAGCCCUCCCCGAAGAGGGGCUUUUUGUCCACGGAAGCAAAGCCCCAGCUGGGAGCUCCCUGGCCAACCAGGCUCAGCCAGUGCUGGGCUCCAGCCUUGGG